CAGGGGAAAUGAGCGCACGAGCCCCCGAGAGCACUAAAGGAGGCGGGGCCAAAAAGAAGGGAUGAGAUAAAAAGGAGUGUGAAGAAGAAGAGCAAUAACCAGCAGAUAUUUCAGUGCAGUGUACAUGAACUAUAGUGGAGUUUAAUCAGAGAUAAACCUGUCAUGCCAUGGAGAGAGAAAAGGGCAUGGAGGGCAUCAGAGUUCACCUACACGAGCGCGAGCUGUGGAGGAAGUUUCAUGACGUCACUACAGAAAUGAUCAUCACCAAAGUGGGCCGACGAAUGUUCCCGAGUUACAAAGUGAAGGUAACAGGUUUGAAUCCCAGAGCCAAAUACAUCCUGCUGAUGGACAUCGUGUCUGCUGAUGAGCACCGCUACAAAUACACAGAGAACAAAUGGUCAGUGAGUGGGAAAGCAGAUCCAGCUAUUCCGGGCCGCCUCUAUGUUCAUCCUGACUCUCCUGCACCUGGAGCUCACUGGACCAAACAACUCGUUUCCUUCCAAAAACUCAAACUGACCAACAACCACCUCGACACCUUCGGCCAUAUCAUAUUAAACUCCAUGCAUAAAUACCAGCCACGGCUACACAUAGUGAAGGCUGAUGAGAGGAACGGUUUUGGCUCCAGCAGCACGGCGUUCUGCACACACUCGUUUCCCGAAACAACCUUCAUCGCCGUCACGUCCUACCAGAACCACACGAUCACAAAGUUGAAGAUUGAGAACAAUCCAUUUGCUAAGGGUUUCCGUGGUAACGACGACAUCGAUACGCACCGGGUAUCUUGUGCACAAAGUCAGGAAUUCCCGCUGGUACCAAGAACGACAUUUUACCCGAGAGGUGACUCAGCCACGCCCUACAGACUUAACUCCGCCCUCAGGUCCACCUACACCUGCUCAGAGCCUCCAGGAAAACACACUCCUGCAUCAGAAGGCAGCUGUUUCACCAAAGCAGACUCCACCUCUCACCUCCUGUCCUCUUCCUAUCAGAUGGAGUUUGAGUUGAGUAACAGAGGCCCCUGCGGUGCAGACUCGUGUAUGUACACUAACUUACAGUGGGAAUCUUACACCGAGUGGCAACCAUAUUCAGCAUUUACUUCCUCUCAGGAAGUGGGUGGGGCUUCAUACAGUACAACUGAACUUUCCCAGGACAUCUACCCACAAUACACCUGUGAAGUGGACAUGCAGUCUCAUUGCCCAGGGGCUGGUCACGUUCUGUACACGGAGCAGGAGCAGAGUCACAGUGGGAGCAGUAGAGUUGGCUGGUAACUGAGACACCUCCAUUCUCUGCUUUGUCAGCCUCAGUUUUUUGAGUCAUUUUAGGGCAACUGACAGGUUCAGAAGCCCCGCCUCCUUUCCUAUAACUGAAAGGUACCUAGGACAAACCCUACUGAUCUGGAACUAACAGACACAGAACCAAGUGCCACUGUGGCUGUGUUCUUUGCUAAGGCUAACAGACAUAAAGGCCAUGCCAAAACUGACAGGCUCAUAGGCCACACCUCCUUUCCUGGAACUGACAUGGACAGAGGCCGAUUGUCCGUUCUGUAGCUGUUAGAUCAUUCCUCCUGACAAAUACAGAGGCCACGCCCACUCUCCUGGGACUGACACCUACAGAGGCCACACCCACUCCCCUGUGACUGACACCUACAUAAGCCACACUCACUUUACUCAGACUGACACACAGAGACCACGCCUCCUUUACUGAGACUGACACACAGAGUCCACGCCUCCUUCACUGAGACUGACACACAGAGUCCACGCCUCCUUCACUGAGACUGACACACAGAGGCCAUGCCUCCUUCACUCAGACUAACACAGAGGCCACGCCUCCUUCACUGAGACUGACACACAGAGUCCACGCCUCCUUCACUCAGACUAACACAGAGGCCACGCCUCCUUC